AUGGCACAGCAAUACUUACGAACACCGGCAAAUCAGGUUCUUUUCACGUCCAUUAACAUCGAGUUGGCGAACAGAAAAUUGCCAAUAUUGCGCGGCGGUCCUUUGAAAAACGAUGAAUUUCAAUUUAUGAACGUACAAUUUCGAUGGGGUCCGUCCAACUGUCGGGGCGCAGAACAUUCCAUUGAUAAUAUUUGGUAUUCGAUGGAGGCACAAGUUAUGCAUUGGAAUACGCGUUACGGAUCGAUAGACAAAUGUCACGACAAAUCUGACGGAAUUGCAAUAAUAUCCUAUCUCAUGCAGGUUGUUGGCUGUCCUGGGAUUCCAGAUAAUCCCGCGCUUGCUCCAAUAACUGAUAAACUUCCGGAAAUAAAGCAGAUGGAUAGCGCAGUAAAUAUUACGCCGGAUUGCUUACGUUGGAUGAUGCACGCAUGCACGUCACCUGGAUAUUAUACUUAUUUAGGUUCUCUCACUUUUCCCCCGUAUAAUGAAUGCGUUACUUGGAUAAUCGUGCCGAACGCGAUAAAAAUAUCUUCCUGUCAGAUCGAAGCAUUCAGAAGCCUUUACAAUCAUAAAUGGGAACGUAUAGUAAGGAAUUAUAGAUCGCAACAUCUUCUUCGUGGAAGAAGGAUUUUCUUUGCCAAAGAAAAAUGAUACAGUAGCUUGAUUGAUCGGAAAAGGAUAUAUUAUAUUUUCGAUUCUGAAAUUAUAUUUACCGAAGAAAGUAUUGCGACAUUACCGGAUCUAGAGAGCAAGCAAACAUGAACAAUACGAACAAAUACUUUCGAUGGAGCAUGUUAUUUGCGCUCGCUUGGUUGCUCUAGAUCAGGCUUUAUAUAUGUUAAAUAGAAUUUCCUUGUUGUAUA